AUGACCAGCCAGUCCCAGGGAAUCCAGCAACUUUUACAGGCAGAAAAACGUGCCAAAGACAAACUAGAAGAAGCCAAAAAGAGAAAGGGAAAGAGACUGAAGCAAGCCAAAGAAGAAGCCAUAGCAGAGAUAGACCACUAUAGGUUACAGAGGGAGAGGGAAUUCAGGCACAAACAAUCUAAUAUAAUGGGAUCCCAAGGUAACCUCUCCACUAAAAUAGAAGAGCAAACAACAGAAAAAAUCCGAGACAUCACCAAUACCUUCCACAAGUACAUGGAAAACAUAAUGAAACAACUUUUGAACAUGGUAUAUGACAUCAAGCCUGAAAUCCACCCAAACUACAGAGACGCAGUUUAA